UGCUCGUCGUUUGAGUUGUCCGUGAGGCCUGUGCACUGGUUUGUAAGCAUCGCGAAGGUGACCGACAGCAGUCCGUAGAUCACUGGUCAGUUUUGACGGCAUGAUGCAGACCUAUCGGAGAAUCGUCCUGCUGCUUUGGGGAGUCUUGGCUGUACAGCUGAUGUCCCACCAGGCAGCCGCUGAAGCACCUCCAGAUUCCGACACGAACUUCACACCAGACGAAGCAGCUGCGGCCAGAUCCGGCGGGGAAUCCGAGGCAGAGGACCCGGACAGCACCGUCGACACUGCCGAGGGUGCCAAACCAGCAGCCUUUGAGAAGGGCGAUUUAGAUUCUCUACAGCUCGGCGAGCCUGUAGACGGUGAUGCUGUGUCGGCUGGAAACAGAGCUGCCCCGGCCGGACACAAGCUGAUCCUGGUGGCCGAUGCAACGGACAGGACCAUCACUCGGCUAACAACAGACGAUGAUAACCAAUUUCAGUGGGGUCGCUAUGACAUCGGGAAUGGUACCAACAGACCAAUAGCUGUGGAUUAUGAUCGUGCGGAGGACUUUAUCUACUGGACCAGUGUUAACGGACCCUAUAGUAGGGUAUCCCGAUUUCCCUACGAGAGCGGAUCGGGACUGAGACUUGAUGGAGGGCAGGCUUCAGUUCCUGACGGUAUUGCAGUAGACGUCAUUUCCAGGAACCUGUACUGGACAGACGCCGGUACAGACCGCAUCAUCGUCUCCCGCUUGGACGGCAGCUUCAGGAAGUCCCUCAUAACCCAGGGGCUGGACGAACCCAGGGCGAUCGUAGUGGAUCCCAACUCGGGUUGGAUGUACUGGACCGACUGGGGAAACCCGUCUAAGAUUGAGCGUGCGCGAAUGGACGGUACUCAAAGGUCUGUUAUUAUCAACAUCGGACAGGGCCACUGGCCGAACGGUCUCGCCUUGGACGCAGCAGCAAACCGGCUGUACUGGUGUCACGGUGGUACUGGGGCGAUCUGGACCUCCGGAGUGACUGGCAGCAAUCCGAGCCCUACACAAUUGUUUACGCAGUCAGCUGGUGACGUAAAUGCACACCUGUUCGGGAUCGCUGUGGAUGAGACACAUCUCUACUGGACAGCGUGGAACAUACCGGGCGUUCACAGGAUAAGCAAGUCUCUGACUGGAUACGUCAGGCUCAACCUGCCACACUUUCAAAAGCUGUAUGACAUCCACGUCAGGACAGACUCAAACACUCCGAGUCAACCAAACGCCUGCUCUGUGUCUAACGGGAACUGUGCCCAGCUGUGUCUUCCCGUCCCCGGCGGAGGGCGGACCUGCGCCUGUCAGGAUGGGUGGAGCCUGGGGUCGGAUGGACGGUCCUGUCAGGCCGACGCCUGUCACCCCAAUCCCUGCCUAAACGGCGGUGCGUGUGAUGGAGUAAGCAGACGGACAUCGCUCUCAUGCAGCAACAAUGUCUGUGUCAGCGGAUUUACACACACGUAUACAUGCGACUGUCCAGCCGGCUUUAGUGGCGAUAAAUGCGAGAUCAACGAAAACGAGUGUGUGUCAAAUCCAUGUCAAAAUGGCGGCCAGUGUCAAGACGAGGCAAACUCUUACAGCUGUACCUGUGCAGCUGGCUACAGUGGAGACGACUGUGAGACCAAUGACGACGACUGUGCACCCAAUCCAUGUCAAAAUGGUGGACAAUGUCAAGACGGAGUCAACUCUUACACCUGUACCUGUGCAGCUGGCUACAGUGGAGAUGACUGUGAGACCAAUGACGACGACUGUGCACCCAAUCCAUGUCAAAAUGGCGGCCAGUGUCAAGACGGAGUCAACUCUUACACCUGUAACUGUGCAGCUGGCUACAGUGGAGACGACUGUGAGACCAAUGACGACGACUGUGAACCCAAUCCAUGUCAAAAUGGCGGCCAGUGUCAAGACGGAGUCAACUCUUACACCUGCAAUUGUCCAGCUGGCUACAGUGGAGACGACUGUGAGACCAAUGACGACGACUGUGCACCCAAUCCAUGUCAAAAUGGCGGCCAGUGUCAAGACGGAGUCAACUCUUACACCUGUAACUGUCCAGCUGGCUACAGUGGAGACGACUGUGAGACCAAUGACGACGACUGUGCACCCAAUCCAUGUCAAAAUGGCGGCCAGUGUCAAGACGGAGUCAACUCUUACACCUGCAAUUGUCCAGCUGGCUACAGUGGAGACGACUGUGAGACCAAUGACGACGACUGUGCACCCAAUCCAUGUCAAAAUGGCGGCCAGUGUCAAGACGGAGUCAACUCUUACACCUGCAAUUGUCCAGCUGGCUACAGUGGAGACGACUGUGAGACCAAUGACGACGACUGUGCACCCAAUCCAUGUCAAAAUGGCGGCCAGUGUCAAGACGGAGUCAACUCUUACACCUGCAAUUGUCCAGCUGGCUACAGUGGAGACGACUGUGAGACCAAUGACGACGACUGUGCACCCAAUCCAUGUCAAAAUGGCGGCCAGUGUCAAGACGGAGUCAACUCUUACACCUGCAAUUGUCCAGCUGGCUACAGUGGAGACGACUGUGAGACCAAUGACGACGACUGUGCACCCAAUCCAUGUCAAAAUGGCGGCCAGUGUCAAGACGGAGUCAACUCUUACACCUGCAAUUGUCCAGCUGGCUACAGUGGAGACGACUGUGAGACCAAUGACGACGACUGUGCACCCAAUCCAUGUCAAAAUGGCGGCCAGUGUCAAGACGGAGUCAACUCUUACACCUGUACUUGUGCAGCUGGCUACAGUGGAGACGACUGUGAGAUCAAUGACAACGACUGUAAUCCCAAUCCAUGUCAAAAUGGCGGCCAGUGUCAAGACGGGGUCAACUCUUACACCUGUGAUUGUCCGGAUGGCUUCAAUGGAUUCAACUGUCAGACCAAUAUCAACGAGUGCGCAUCUCGUCCAUGUCAAAAUGGCGGCCAGUGUCAAGACGGUGUCAACUCCUACACAUGUGAUUGUCCUGAUGGAUAUUUGGGAGAACACUGUGAAAUUUCUGCGACAGACCCUCCACAGACGACUCCUCAGGGGACAAGUACCGUGUGUGAAUCUGGUUGGUUCCACCAUGAGGGGAAGUGCUAUUGUCUCCUUGAUGACCAGUCCACCUACAGCGAAGCUGCCCGGAGCUGCGCUGAGUUGGACGUCUACGGGCAGCUGGCCGUGGUGAAGCGGCCGAGCACGCACCGCUUCCUGAUGGAUUAUGUCGAACGGGAAGGUGGGGGUUCUCCGUGGAUAGGAAUCAACGAUGGCACUACAGAGGGUGUAUGGAGGUACAGCAAUGGUGACCUUGUCAGUGAUCCUUUCAACGAGUGGGCAGAUGGAACUUGGAACAGCAGGAAGAAAGACUGUGUGCGCAUGAGCGAAACCUUCGGGUACCAUUGGCAGCCUAUGCCGUGCGACACGCAGCUGUCGUAUAUUUGCGAGUAUCCUCUCCUGCCACCCACAGAUGCUCCAACCCCAACCACACCAGAUGUUGAACGUUGUGAGCCGGACACCUGUAACCAGGGAGGGAUCUGUAUAGACGGACCGUCGUCCUACACCUGUUACUGUCUGCCGGGGUUUACGGGAGACCACUGUGAGACAGAAACUGACGAGUGUGACCCCAAUCCCUGUCAAAAUGGCGGCGUGUGUACAGACGGGCAGCUGUCCUACACCUGCAGGUGUCCGAGUGGGUUCGGAGGUGUCAACUGUCAACUGACUUGCCCUGCCGGAUUUACGCUGUUCCAGAAACAGUGCUACUGGUUCUCUCCAACUUCCAUGAGGGAAACCGUGGCAAAUGCAGAAACAGACUGUGAUGCCCGAGGUGCCCGUCUGGCUUGUGUGAAGGACGAAGACACGCACAACUUCCUCAAAUUGACCAUCGCUACAACAAACCGCAGGCCUUACUGGAUCGGGUUGAAUGACACGGUGGUGGAGGAUGUAUGGCGCCACAGUGACGGGACACUUCUGGGCAGUUUCCGGCCUUUCCGCCCGUCCCGUAACACCAACAAUGUGUGGAGGGACUGCGUUCUGAUGUGGCCAGCCUCUUCCUACCAGUGGCUGUACUAUAACUGUAAUUCUCGCAGGAACUACGUCUGCCAGAGGGCUGCAACUCCGUGAGCUGACGAUGGACUGACCAACAGCCGA